UUGAUCUGUUAUAUUGGCCUGUGGUAUACACACGUAGUAGCUGUGAUUUGACAUAUCUGUUGUCUUUAUUCAUAUGUAGACACGAGAGUACGUACAUUUCUGAUGCAGUGGCCAGUGACACAAUAAUCUAAAAUGUGCUACAACCUGUUUUAAUAUAAUGUGUGAUACUAAUUUGAUAUUUGGUUCAUUAACGAAAGACGAGCAAAGUUCUCUUGGAGGGAGACAUUUGUGUGUUACUCCUCAAUACAUAAAUUCUAAUAAAAUUAUUUUGGAUUUCAAAAGCUGCCGUGUAGCCUAAUGUUAGUUGGCAGAGUUAAUGGAAAUAAAUAGAGGUCAUCUUUCUAAAAUCGUGUUAAAUAACACAUAUAUAGACAAGUCGUAGACAAAAAGCCGCUGUGUGAUGAUAGUAGAGUGUACGAGAUAACGCGAGACUUGCACUGUGGUGUAGCAUAGCCAUAUUGUUGAAUGGUGCUUCAGGUAUCUUCUUCAGAAGGAAGGCGGCAACAAGGCACACAUUAUCAGAAGGAAGGCGGCAACAAGGCACACAUUAUCAGAAGGAAGGCGGCAACAAGGCACACAUUAUCAGAAGGAAGGCGGCAACAAGGCACACAUAAUCAGAAGGAAGGCGGCAACAAGGCACACAUUAUCAGAAGGAAGGCGGCAGCAAGGCACACAUUAUCAGAAGGAAGGCGGCAACAAGUGAGGUCACGCCAACUGUACGACAGGCUAAAACUAUUUGACCAUUCACUAGAUCUUUCACCAAGACGUUGACACUGGACUUGUCCUUUGCUAACCUGCUACAUGCUAAAAGUUGGUGCAAUGUCUUACAACAGCCAGGCUUCCUACUCUCACGCAUAGUGGUGAAACAUAUGUAACUCCAUAUGCAUGAUCCUUUAGACUGGGAAAAAUGUAUUUAUGUCAUUCUCCCCUC